GUAGAUUUCUGAGUGGUCGCUUGUUAUUGUUUACCAAACGCAAUUCCCCUCGAAAUAAAGCAGAUAAAAUAGUGAUUAAAGUCGCGCGGCGACUGGGAAAAUGCAGUCGAAGGCCUGUUGAAGGGUGCAGCAGUUGCUGCUCAGUGGCAGCGGACUCAGAAAGUGUUUUCCUCUCCGCCCAACCACUUGUUGUUUUUGGACUCUGCCCGCCGCCCCAUAUAACACCAUCAAUUAUCCACUAUACUCUCGCCCGAUUUCGCACCCGAUGUCCCGGAAUCAAGGCAAUCUGGAACAAAGCACUCACAUCGCAACUCCGCAUCUCCAGUUCGCCGUCACUCAGCUGUCAUACAUAAUUCUCCCAUCGGAACCCGGAAUCGUCACAACUCUAUAAAUCUCAAUCGAAUCAAACGUUAAACAGCAUAUUAAACAAAAAGUACUAAGCCAUAUCUCAAAUCAAGUCGAUUAGCCAGUGAUCACUUUAUUGCCGCCUUCAAGUGUCCAGUAGUUGAAGCACUGACAUUCCAAAAUGGCGGGUCAGAGCAAGCUGAUCGAUCCACUGUGCAUAACCUGCAAGGAGUUCCAGCAUCCUUGGACGGACCACUGCGUCAGCGCCACCGCCGGAAUCCUGCUGUCGGCCACGCCCUACUGCCUGCGCGUCUACACAGUGGUCUACGCCCUGUCCCUGCUGAUGCGCCACCGCAUUCCUAGUCGAGAGGACCUGCGCAGGACUCUGUUGGGCAUCAUCCAAUCGACAGCCUUCCUGGUGACCAAUGCCUACACCUUCAUCCUGUACAACUGCGCACUGCGGCACUUGCUGGGCAGCUAUCACUUCUCCACGGUGGCCUUUGUGCCCUGCUUUUUCGCCUCCUUCUCUGCCAUUCUGGUGGAGCGACCCGCCCGUCGACCUCUGCUCACUCUUUAUGUGGCCAACGUGGCCACGGAAACGCUGUGGAAGAUGGCCGAGUCGAGGGGCUGGGUGCGUUCCAUACCUAAUGGACAGACACUCAUCUUUGGGCUGAGCAUGGCGGCUCUGCUCUACCUCUAUCGCACUGGCACCACCAAGGAUUCCAUCUUCAACAUCCUGCGCAUGUUCGUGGGCAAGGAGGAGGCCGGACCGGUGGCCAAAUCCGGUCCAGUAGUGCCCGGCGAGCAGCCAGCUCCGUCGCGCCGUCGACCCACCGUCAGCUUCUCCAAUGCCUCGGACUUUGUGCGCGUCUACAGCAACCUGAUCCGCGCCAAGCAUGACAGCUGUCGGCACCAGCAGAGCUGCAUCGGCUACUCGCUGAUCGGAGGAAUUAAACCCUUCGUGGGUGGAGUGGCUCUGCAGGUGGCUCUCAAGCUGGUGAUGAAUGUCAAGCGGAUCACGGCUGGAAAGAUGGCGUGGAAGAAGCUGGUCUUCAACCGAGGCACUCUGCAACUGGGCAUCUUCAUGGGCAGCUUCUCCUUCCUGUACAAGUCGGUGUCCUGCCUGCUGCGGCACAGUUUCAACCGAGAUGAUGCCAGAUUUGCCAUCCCUGCCGCAUUAAUUGCCUCUGUGUCCUUUACUCGCUAUCCGGAUAACACGGUGGCCUUGUACGUCAUGUGGAAGGCUUUGCAGAUCCUUUGCACCAAGGGACAGGAGCGAGGAAUCCUGCCGCACAUCCCCAACUUUAUGCUCUUCCUGUACUCCUUCUUCACGGCUGUGCUCUUCCAUGCGGGAAUCCUGGAGCCCAAGAGCCUGCGCCCCAGCUACUACAAGUUUCUGCAGGCCAUCUCGGGCGAUCGACUAAGCAAGUUUAAUCUGGGCGCCUUCGAUGUUUUCGGCCUGAGCAGUCAGCAACAGGCGUGGGACACCAUUAAAGCGUUAAACAUUGUGGACAAGUCAUCCCUGCCCGCCUACUCCUUUGCCUCUUGAGCCGGUAGUGACAAAUUUUAAUAGAU